AUGACUACAUUAGAUCAAUCAUACGUAACAAAUGGUAGUUGGAAACCAGAUCUUUUCAAAGGUAAAGUUGUUUUCGUCACUGGAGGCGCAGGUUCAAUUUGUAAAGUUCAAACCGAAGCUUUGAUUUUAUUAGGUGCAAACGCAGCUAUUGUUGGUAGAAACAAGGAAAAGACCGAUGCCGCUGCAAAGGAAUUGGAAGGAUUAAGAUCAGGUGCCAAAGUUGUUUCAUUGCCAAAUAUUGAUGUCAGAGAUAUCAAGCAAAUGUCGGCUGCCGCAAACAAAGCAGUCCAAGAAUUGGGUAGAAUUGAUUUUGUUAUUGCCGGUGCUGCAGGAAACUUUUUGGCCGAUUUUACCCACUUGUCCUCCAACGCAUUCAGCUCGGUUGUCAAUAUUGAUUUAAUUGGUUCGUUCAAUACCGUUAAGGCUUGUUUUGAAGAAUUGAGGAAAAACAAGGGAGCCAUCAUCUUUGUCAGUGCAACAUUGCAUUACUACGGUGUUCCAUUCCAAAUUCACGUUGGUGCUGCCAAGGCCGGUGUUGAUGCCUUGUCAAAUGCCUUGGCCACUGAAUUGGGACCUCUUGGUAUUCGAUCAAACUGUAUCGCUCCAGGUCCUAUUGCCGAUACCGAAGGUAUGAGAAGAUUGGCACCUGGUACUUUAGAUAGUGUUAAGAAUGGUGUUCCCUUGCAAAGGUUGGGAAGCAAGCAAGAUAUUGCUGAUGCUACUGUUUAUUUAUUUUCACCAGCCGCAAGUUUUGUCACUGGUGAUGUCUUGGUUGUUGAUGGUGGUGCAUGGCAAAUUGGUCAAGGUAUUGGAAGUGCUGACUACCCCGUUACACUCAAAAAUGUGCAAAAUGGUGAGGUUAACUUUAAGUUAUAG